UUACAUCUGAGAAUGAUAAAUUGCAUCGAAAAAAUCAAAAAUUAAACAUGCAAAUUAUGUCUGAGAAUGAUAAAUUCUAUAGAAUAAUUACUGCUAUAUGUUCUUUAAAAGAAAAAUAUAUUAUUUGGCCUUGUGGAAAUUAUAGAGAAGAAGUAAAUAAGGGAUUUGAAAAAUUUGGAUUACCUAUAGUAAUUGGUGCUAUUGAUGGUUCACAUAUACUAUUAAUUGAAAUACUAAGUAAAAUUAAUAAGGAUGUAUAUCUCUCUCGUAAACAUAGAUAUGCUCUUCAUUUACAAGGAAUUGUAAAUCAUAAAGGACAUUUUAUUUUUUAUCAAAUUAGUUGGUCUGUAUUAGUUCAUGAUGCAAAAGCAUUUAAAAAUUCAUAUAUAUAUGAAAAUAAUAGUCUUUUUAUUGAAGAUGAAGAUUAUUUAGUAGGAGAUUCUGCAUAUCCUUUAUUACAAUGGUUAAUAACACUAUUUAAAGAUCUACAAGGUUUAGAUAUACAACAACAAAAAUAUUUUAAUACUAUUCAUAGUAAAACAAGAGUUGUUAUUAAACAAGCAUUUGGUAGACUAAAAACAAGAUUUCCUUUUUUAAGAGAUAUGAGAUUAAAAGAUACAAAGAAAGGAACUGAUAUAAUUGAUAUUGCUUUAAUUUUACAUAAUUUUGAACAAAAUAAUGAAAAUAAUAAUUUUGAAUUAGAAGAACAAGAUAAUGAAGAUAAUAAUUCUGAAUUAGAAAUAGAUAAUACUGAGUAA